AUGCCGCAAAUGAGUGGACUGUCAAUCAGUGGUGUAACGACACACCUCGACAAGGAGAAUUUAGAACGGGGGCCAUUAAGUGGCAUUGACGUUCUGAUUGUAGGUGCAGGCAUUGGUGGCUUGAAUGCUGCAGUUGAGCUAUACCGACAUGGUCACAAUGUUCAACUUCUGGAAGCAAAAUCGAAUAUAGAAGGACUUGUCGAUUUCGUGGGAAUCGCACCCUCUGCAACUAGGCAAUUCAAUCACUGGCCCGGUAUGGCAGAAAGGUAUAGACGUCUGACAUAUCGACCCGCUCUAUCCAUGUAUAGGACGAAUGGAGAGAAACUCGGUGGCCCCUUCUCCAUUAAGGGAGUGGAUCGCACUACUAUACCAACACCAAUUAGUCGACCAAAGCUCAUCAAUUUUCUUUACGAAUAUUUGACCUCACAAGGAAUGUCCAUAAAUUUUGGACAGCGUGUGGUCGAAUAUUACGAGAACUUAGAUGCAGGCAAGGCUGGGGUCGCUACUCAGGAUGGCGAGCACUUUGAGGCUGACCUUGUUAUCGCCGCCGACGGUGUUGGCACGAAGUCUCACAGUAUCGUGGCUGGAAACAAUGUUAAGGCUACAAGUAGUGGUUUCUCGUCUUAUAGGGUGGCGUACCCAACUAAUCUCGCAUUCCAAAAUCCUCAUCUCGCGAAUGAGCUUGCUUUAGAGGAAGGCGGAGAUGACAUCUGCCGGGUAUACUUGGGGACUAAUAAGCAUGCAAUCAUUCUUGUUUCACCAGACAUUACCACGUGGAUUUUUCAGCAUAAAGAUUAUGGGACUUCGUCUGAAUCGUGGUCGCGCUUCUUAGGCCCAGAAGACGUCCUGAAAACAUUGGAAGAAGAAGAUGAGUGGGAUCAGACUUUUAUCGAGGUCAUCAAGCAGACACCAGCACAGACCAUCGCGGACUACAAGAUCUUGUGGCGGGACCCAAGCAUGGAGUGGACCUCGGCGGGAGGUCUGGUCCUGCAAUUGGGAGACAGCGCGCAUUCCUUCCUUCCCACUUCUGCGAAUGGAGCUACCCAAGCCAUGGAAGACGGUAUUUCUAUUGCUGCGUGCUUGAGGCUUGCAGGAAAACACAAUAUAGCCCUUGCAACGAGGGUGCAUACGCGACUCCGUUCUAUGCGCGUUUCCUGCGCUCAACGAGGCGGCUUCAAGAACCGCGAAAAGUGGCAUCACACCGAUUUUGGCGAAGCAAGAAAACACCCAGACAAGUUGGUUAUGCAAGUCGGCCGCUGGAUCAACUUGCACGAUCCUGAGAAAUACGUUUAUGAGAACUGGACCAAGUGCGUAAACCAUCUUAUUACUGGAAGCGAUUUUGUAAACACAAACAUCCCUCCUGGCUACACGUACAAGCCAUGGACAAUUGAUCAGCUGUUGAAUGCGUCCGAAGAAGGGCAAGAUAUUGAAGAUGACGGUGAUUGGUCAUGA